AUGCCUUCCUAUGCCAAAUUUAUGAAGGAAUUGCUCACCAAAAAGAGGAAGUACAUUGAGGAGGAGACAAUUGAAGUGCAAGGCAAUUGUAGUGCAAUUAUUCAAAAGAUCUUGCCUCCCAAAUUCAAAGAUCUAGGUACUUUUACUAUACCAUGCACCAUUGGGAAAUUACCCAUUGGAAAGGCAUUAAUUGAUUUGGGAGAAAAUAUAAAUUUGAUGCCUCUUUCCAUGAUGAGAAGAAUUGGAGAUUUGGAGGUGAAACCCACGAGGAUGACACUUCAAUUGGCUGAUCGGUCUAUUAAGUGUCCAUAUGGUGUUAUAGAAGAUGUAUUGGUGAAAGUUGAUAAAUUCACUUUUCCAGUGGAUUUUGUCAUCUUGGAUAUGGAGGAGGAUACUGAGGUCCCUCUCAUAUUGGGGCGCCCAUUCAUGAAGACUGACAGGGUGAUUAUUGAUGUGGAUGAUGGUCAUCUAAAAGUUCGUGUGCAAGAUGAAACUGUGACUUUUAAUGUCAUAGAGGCCAUGCAACAUCCAAGUGAUAGUGGCAAUUGUUUCAGAGUGGAGGUCCUUGAUGAAGUGAUUGACACAGCUAAGAGUCAGAUGCAUGUAAAAUCCUCUCUUGAGAGAGUUUUGACUGAUUCUUGUGAUAAUUUGACUCUUGAAGAGGAAGCAGAAUUGGAAGAAGUCACUAUACAGUUGGAAAAGACUAGAGAAGUAUCUUCCACUCAUGCUAAAGUGGAGAAUUUGACAAAGGAGAAAUCUGAUGAUCAAGGCAAACUUGAGUUGAAAAUAUUGCCAAAUCAUCUCAAGUAUGCCUUCUUAGAAGACGAUUGUAAGAAACCGGUGAUAAUUAGCAGUACACUUUCACAGUUUGAAGAGUAG